AUGACAAAUAAUAGUAAUGAUUUCAAAGAUUAUGAGGGGGCUAAUAAUGAAAGAGCUUCAUUAGGAGCUACCAGGGGAAAUGAAUUCAAUGAUAUUGAUUUCAAUAAAAACUUUAACAAUGAAAUAAAUAAUGGUAACAAUAAUAAUAAUGAUAAUAAUAAUAAUAAUACUACAACCACUACUACAACCACAACUUCACCAGGCCAUAAUAAUAACUACAAUAACAAUAACACAAAUAUAAAUAAUAACACCAACCAAGAACCAAAUAAUGAUGAUUUUGAUUUUGCAAAUCAAUUAAAAAACGUUCAAAAGCAAAUUGGCAACAACAACAAUAAUAAUAAUACAGGGUUUGUUUUAAAUAAUGUUGAUACAAUUUUAGGUAAUAUGCCAAAAAACCCAAAUAGAAGCAAUAGUGAUGAACAGAUAGAUACUACAGCAAAUAAAAAUAAAUCAAUUAAUUUCAAUUUUAAUAACAACGGUAAUAACAAUAAUAAUAACAAUGAUAAUACAUUUAGCAUUAAUGAUGAUAUUGAAAACCAAAAUGAUUUUGGUGAUGAAUACGAUUUGCCAAAUACUGUAAAUACCGGUCAAGAUUAUACAAUAUAUUCAAAUUUAAGAAAAAAUGCAAAUAUAAUUAAAGUUUGUGCUUUUUUAUUAAUGUUUAUUGGAUUUUUAAUUGUUGAUAUUUUAUUUAGAGUUAUUUAUUUAUUCACACAUUUAUCAUAUUUAAAAGGGUUUGGAAUCUUCCUUUCAUUAUUUACAAUUGCAUUAGAAGGUUAUUUCACAUAUUUUUCAAGACAGUUCCAAGUUGAAAUGCCAAUUAAUGGGCGUGUUACAUAUAGAGAAUUUUACCUUGCUAUGGGAAAUAGUGUCUUUGAAUGUUAA